GUGAAUACUUGAAACGAAACUGGUGGCAGAAAACAAAAUACAAAGUGGAAAUAAAUUUACAAAAAUAUACCGCGGAUUUAUGCUUACACGAAACACGAAUAAAGAAACGCGUUAGCUGGUGUCAUUGUUGUUGUUGCUGCCUGUACCGCCUACGUCUUUUGUAAGGAGAACAAAGCGUGGCGAGAAACGGGACUUCGGGACUCCGAGAACCGCGGGAUUCGGUAUCGGGAUUAUAUUAAAAAACCGUAAACGCUAACGAACAACAAAAGCCAGUGCACCUCCUUUGUAAAUGCAUUGCGUGCUAAUUAAUUGUGUUUUUUCGCACAAAGCUAAUGUGUCUUUGAUAGUGCCACCAAUUUAAACGCACCCCCCGCCACCGUGCUCCUGUUUCCCCCCUCCUCCACCCACAUUACGUAUGCGUCAUAUGUAAAGGAGGGAAAAAAGGGCCAAAAAGGAGAGAGCGAGCGAGUGCGAGUAAAAGAGAGCAGAAGCAGUGGCCACAACAAAAACAGAAACAAGCACAAGAAUUAGCAGCACAAAACAGAGCAACGGUUCGAAUUUUCAUUCUUUUGUUGCUGCUUCUGCAGCUGUUUACGCUGCCGGCUAUUUGUGUGUCCGCCAUUGCGCAUGUGUUUGUGUGUGUCAACCCCCGCGUGAAAAGUUCAAUUCCCCCCUGCCCCCAUUUACGACAACGAAUUAAUUAAGCCGCGAAUAAGAAGAAAAACGUAAAAGAAAACGAAAUAGUUAUUCACGGAUCCCAAAUGAUCGUCGAGUGAAGGAAAAGUGCAAAGUUCUUGUGUCUCCCUGUCUUCUCAAACGGAAAGCAAACAAGAGAAGAAAAAGCAAAGCAAAGAAAAAGGAAAUGUGGUCCACAUGUGUAGCCGGCCUGUGCCGGCUAGGCGUCCUGCUCGCACUCGUGUCGCUGGUCACCUGCAUCUUGGAUCUACCGCCUCUGCCAGAAGAGCAUCACCACUUCCACCAUGAGAGACCCGUUAACCUGCCGCCGACUGCGGAGCAGCUGGACAUGCGGGCGCACAAGUCCUCCGGCAAAGCCAAGAGCGCCGUCUCCGAGGAUACAAUGUUCAAUUACCUCAUGCAGUUUGAUUAUCUGCCCAAGUCCGACCUGGAAACGGGUGCCCUGCGCACCGAGCAGCAGCUGAUAGAUGCCGUCCGUAGUCUUCAGUCUUUUGGCAACAUUCCAGUCACUGGCAAAAUCGACUCGGCAACGGCCAGGCUAAUACAGCAACCACGAUGCGGCGUGGGUGACAAGAAGUAUGCGUAUAGUUUCUCACCGGAUAAUCUAGACCAUGACGUGGUCUAUACCAGAGUGCGACGAUAUGUUCUCCAGGGACCCAAGUGGGAUAAAACGGAUCUAACAUGGAGCCUGGUCAACCAGACGAUGCCGGAUGCCUCGAAGGUCCGUAUGAUGGUGCAAAGGGCCCUCAAUGUUUGGGAAAGCAACUCCAAGCUCACGUUCCGUGAGGUUUACAGUGACCAGGCGGACAUACAGAUACUCUUUGCAAGGCUCCAGCACGGCGAUGGCUAUAAAUUCGAUGGACCCGGCCAGGUGCUGGCCCACGCCUUCUAUCCGGGCGAAGGGCGCGGCGGCGAUGCCCACUUUGAUGCGGACGAGACCUGGAACUACAAUCCGGAUGAAAGUCGCGGAACCAAUUUUCUGAACGUGGCCCUGCACGAACUGGGUCACUCGCUGGGACUGGGCCACUCCUCGGACUCGAACGCGGUCAUGUUCCCAUGGUAUCAGAGCAAUGAGGUGGACAACAAGCUGCCCGAUGACGAUCGCAACGGCAUCCAGGAGCUGUAUGGUCAAGGAGAAGACCUGGGGCCCUACAAGCCCCCCACGCAGAGCACCACCACCACCACCACCAUGCGAACCCUGAGCUACAAGCCCGUGCCCACCAGGAAUCCCAACAGGGAUUGGCAAAGGGAGCGGGAACGAGAACGAGAACUGGCCGCUCGGAAGCGUGCAGAGCAGGAGCGAGCGGCAAGGGAGCGGGCUGAGCAGGAGCGAGCGGAGCAGGACCAACGUCACCGGGAGAGGCAGCGCCAACUGGAGUGGGAGAGGGAGCGCCAGAACCGAGAGAGGCAGAUUAAGCAGCAGCGAGAGCAAUGGGAACGGGAACGUAACAGGAGCCGGGAACGCCUAACGACCACGACCACGGCAAGACCCACUGGCAGGCCGUAUCCAAACGGUGGACACCGGAACCAGGGCAGCCACCACAAGCCACGGAAACCCAAGCCGGAUAGCUGCAUGACCUACUACGAUGCCAUUUCCAUGAUCGAGGUAAUUUUCAUCUUCCGGGGACCGUUCCUUUGGCGCAUCGGAUCUGAGGGCCUGUAUCGCGGCUAUCCCACAGAGACCAGAAGACACUGGGCUGCUCUGCCCGAGAACUUUACCAAAGUGGAUGCAGUGUACGAAAACAAACAGCGACAGAUAGUGUUCUUUAUAGGUCGUCAGUAUUAUGUGUUCAAUUCGGUGACUCUGGCUCCUGGCUACCCGAAACCCCUGGUCGCCUUGGGACUGCCUCCCACUCUGACCCACAUCGAUGCCUCAUUCGUCUGGGGUCACAACAAUCAGACAUAUUUGACCAGCGGCACACUCUACUGGCGCAUCGAUGACUACACCGGCCAGGUGGCAGACUAUCCGCGGGACAUGUCCAUCUGGUCAGGAGUGGGCUACAAUAUCGAUGAUGCCUUCCAGUACAGCGAUGGCAACUAUUUCUUCAAGAACCUGGGCUACUGGGAAUUCAAUGAUGACCUCAUGAAGGUGGCCCAUGCCAGGGCAAAGGUGUCAUCCCGCAAGUGGAUGCAGUGUGCCCGGAGUGUCAAUGAUGUGGAUGAUGAGGAACGUUGGACAGCGCCAUUAGUUUCCGGGGAAAACGAGUCAUCGGAACGGAGUACGGCAACCAGAGAGCAGGGGAUCAGUCUGUUCCCCCUGCUGCUGCUCACCCUUUCUCGGCGACCAUAUGGCGCAGUUAAGAUCGGAUUAAGGGUCUAGGCUUAGAAAUCCUUAUCAUUUAAGCCCCAUGGUUCGCCUCAUUUGGAUCCCUCAUUUUGCAUAACGAUUAAAUCAAUAAAUUAAGGAGAAAUAGAAAGGAUCUGCUUUGGAUUUUAAUGAAGGAGAAGAUCCUUGAUAAUAUUGUUUAGUAACUAUAUAGCAGAGCACAACUGUGUGACAGUCUGGCGCUUAAUAGCCCCCCAAGACGAGACCAAGCGGCCUUCUCUUAGUUUUUAAGGGCAGAUAAAUCAACAUUAAAGGAGAGUAUCCUAGAAAAAAACUUUAGGAAACUCUCCACUGCCAAUGAAACGAUUUAUUAAUGGACACUUGCCAAUUGUGCAUACUGGCGGCGUCUGUUGGACAUAUAGCAGGGCUGUUUUACCAGAUCUAUAAACAAUAUAUAAUAUAUAUGCAUAGGAGAUAAAACAUGAUUAUACCAUAACUAUUAGCCUGCAUAAAUGUAGCAAUAAAUAUGUUCUAAGUAUACAGGAUAUGCCGAAAUUCCACGUUGAAAUUCGGGACCGCUACUGCCUUAUAAAUAAGUAAUAGUAUUGCUUUUUAUUGACGAACGUAACCGUGUCUAGCUGUGAGCGUUCCAACCGCUUGCAUCCUCUCUUUAUUAUUUUGUUUGUUUUUGACGAACUCUUCUAAUUAUUUAUAUAUAUGUAUAUGUAAAUGUGAUAUUAUCAUAAAUUCUGCGCGAUUGUACACGAAAGAAAAACAACCCAGCAAAAAAGCAACAACAAAACCUUUUGGCUAUCGUUUUUUUAAGUUAAAUUUACUUAAGAUAAACCACGAACUGUAAACCAUCUUUUAAUGGGCAUUUUUAUCGAAACAACAUUUUACAGAUAAAUAAAAAACGAUUAUUUUCGUCACAGUGGA